AUGUUUCGAUCACUUCUAUUACUUUCUGGGCUCAUCGUCUCGUCCUACGCAUUGGUGCACGCAGUCGACUCUGCAAGCCUCGUCCCUGUGGCCACCUAUCAGAAGGCCCGUGCUGAAGGCUUCACUAAGGCAAUCAUCCGCGGAUAUCAAGAGGCUUGCGGUAUCGGAGGUCAAGUAGACCCUAACUUCGUGCCAUCGUACAACAACGCUCGAUCAGCGGGAUAUACCGACAUUGACACGUACUGGUUCCCGUGCAAUGGCUCCGGAAACAAAUGCAAAUCCUAUGCUACACAGCUAUCCGAGCUUGCCCAAACCUUCAAAGCGCAUUCAAUGAACAUUGGUACUAUUUGGAUUGAUUUUGAGAAAGACGCGGCUAUCUGCAACAACUGGAACUAUGGCACAUCCGGAAAUCAACAGCAAGCCAGAUCUUUAUUGGAGGCAAUGAAAAACAGCGGGUUCAACUUUGGUAUCUAUAGCUCUCCUGGGGAAUGGGGGACUCUCUUUGGAUCCACAGGCUUUAUUCUUGAUAACACUGCCCCUCUUUGGUUUGCUACUUACAACAAUGUCGAGACUCUGACCUUGGGAACUCCAUUUGGAGGAUGGAAUACGGCCGUUGGACAUCAAUAUACUGAUGUAUCAGCAUCCAAAUUGUUUGACCUCAGCGUCUUUGCACAUUGA